AUGGCAUCGACAUCGGAUAGCUCGAUCGAGCUAAAGGAGAAACAUGAACCAACUCCACCGCAUACUGGAGAUGCAUCAACUAUUGGCGACUCUCCUAUGGAAUUCAUCGGCCAAGAAGAUGUUGAGACCCUUACUAGGAUAGCGACUCAACGGUCACGCCAACAAUCGAUUACCGGAACAAAUUUAGCAGCCCUCGCCGAACAAGAUCCAUCCCUUGACCCCCAGUCGGGAAAGUUUGACUUGCAAAAAUGGCUCAAAGUGGCUUUUGCCGAUCUCAGCCGAGAUGGCCGAUCGGAACAAUCAGCAGACGUCGUUUUCAAACAAUUGAAUGUAUACGGAUCGGGCGCUGCCCUGCAGUUCCAAAAUACAGUCACAUCGAGCCUAACCGCUCUGGUUCGGUUGCCCCAAAUUAUCCGUGAAUCACGCUCUCCCCCAAGGCGUAUCCUCAAGGACUUUAACGGUCUCUUGAAAAGUGGCGAACUGUUGCUUGUGCUUGGUCGGCCAGGUGCCGGUUGUAGUACACUUCUGAAGUCCAUGACGGGAGAGCUGCACGGUUUGGAUGUGGCAAAGGAGAGUGUCAUUCAUUACAAUGGAGUUCCCCAAUCUCGCAUGAUGAAAGAGUUCAAGGGCGAACUAGUAUACAACCAAGAGGUUGACAGACACUUCCCUCACCUGACCGUCGGCCAGACGCUGGAGUUUGCAGCCGCAACGCGAACUCCUGCCCAUCGGUUCCAAGGCAUGUCGCGUACAGAAUUUGCCAAAUACAUUGCUCAGAUCACCAUGGCUGUCUUUGGAUUGAGUCACACAUAUAACACGCGUGUUGGAGAUGAUUUCAUCCGUGGUGUCUCGGGUGGUGAGCGAAAGCGUGUCAGUAUUGCAGAAAUGGCCCUGGCCCAUGCUCCAAUCGCUGCCUGGGACAACUCUACCCGAGGAUUAGAUUCCGCUACAGCAUUGAAGUUUGUCCAGGCUUUGCGACUGUCCUCUGACAUCACUGGCUCGUGUCAUGCGGUCGCUGCUUAUCAGGCAAGUCAAAGCAUCUACGAUGUAUUUGACAAGGUGAUUGUACUUUACGAAGGCCACCAGGUCUUCUUCGGACCCGCUGCUGCAGCCAAGUCCUAUUUUGAAAACCAAGGUUGGGUUUGCCCGGCUCGACAGACCACCGGAGAUUUCCUCACUUCAAUCUCAAAUCCUCAGGAGCGACAAGCCAAGCCUGGUAUGGAAAACCGUGUUCCUCGUACGCCCGAGGACUUUGAGGCUGCAUGGCUCAACUCACCUGAUUACAAGCGAUUGAUGAAUGAGAUCGCUGAAUAUGAAGGGCAAAAUCCUGUUGGACAUGACGUGCCAGCCCUCGCUGAUUUCCAAGAGAGGAAGCGUGGCGCCCAAGCCAAACACACCCGGCCCAAGUCUCCGUAUAUCAUCAGUGUCCCCAUGCAAAUCAAACUCAAUACCGUCCGCGCCUAUCAAAGACUCUGGAAUGAUGCUGCCUCAACCAUCUCUGUGGUGGUCACUAAUAUUAUUAUGGCUCUAAUUAUCGGAUCGGUUUUCUACGGGACUCCGGAUGCAACUGCAGGCUUCACGUCAAAAGGUGCCACUUUGUUCUUUGCCGUCCUUCUCAAUGCCCUGACAGCAAUGUCCGAAAUCAACAGUCUCUACUCUCAACGCCCAAUUGUCGAAAAACAUGCUUCCUUUGCCUUCUACCAUCCCUUCACAGAAGCCAUUGCUGGCGUGCUCAGUGAUAUACCGGUGAAGUUUGCAUUAGCUGUCGUGUUCAACAUCAUCCUAUAUUUCCUAGCCGGCCUGAAACGAUCAGCAUCUAACUUCUUCCUCUACUUCCUUAUCACCUUUGUGAUCACUUUCGUCAUGAGCGCGGUCUUCCGGACAUUGGCCGCUGUCACCAAAACGAUCUCACAGGCAAUGGGUCUAGCAGGUGUUAUGAUUCUGAUUCUCGUGGUUUACACCGGCUUCGUCCUACCUGUUCCGUCUAUGCAUCCAUGGUUCGAAUGGCUUCAUUACCUCAAUCCAAUCUACUAUGCCUUCGAGGUUCUGAUUGCCAACGAGUUCCAUGGCCGCGAGUUCCCUUGUUCAUCUUUCGUUCCCGCCUACGCAGACCUGUCAGGCAAAGCGUUCAGUUGCGCUGUUGCUGGCUCGGAGCCAGGCUCUAGAACAGUCAAUGGCGACCGGUACAUUGAAUUGACCUACAGAUACAGCUACAGCCACGUCUGGCGCAAUUUUGGUAUCCUCAUGGCCUUCUUGGUCGGUUUCAUGUGCAUCUAUUUUGUUGCAACCGAGCUGAACUCCGCUACUACAAGCACAGCUGAGGCUCUGGUCUUCCGUCGUGGCAAUGAACCUGCCAGUCUCCGCCAAGACCAUAAGUCUGGAGCUGAUGUCGAAAGCAGCGAGCCAUCUCAAGCUCAGCCUGCUGCGGGUACAGACGACACAGGAAUGGGUGCCAUCCAGCCUCAAACCGAUACAUUCACUUGGCGCGAUGUGUGCUAUGAUAUCGAGAUCAAGGGCGAGCCACGUCGUUUGUUGGAUCACGUUUCCGGAUGGGUCAAGCCUGGAACUCUCACUGCACUUAUGGGUGUCAGUGGCGCUGGUAAGACGACUUUGCUUGAUGUAUUGGCACACCGCACGUCGAUGGGUGUUAUUACUGGUGACAUGUUUGUCAACGGUCGUGAACUGGAUCAGAGUUUCCAGCGAAAGACAGGUUAUGUUCAGCAGCAAGACCUUCACCUCGAUACUGCUACUGUGCGUGAGUCUCUACGAUUCAGUGCUAUGUUGCGUCAGCCAGCCUCUGUCUCGGUCAAGGAAAAGUACGACUAUGUCGAGGAUGUGAUCGGAAUGCUGAAGAUGGAGGAAUUUGCCGAGGCCAUCGUUGGUGUCCCGGGUGAGGGUCUGAAUGUCGAGCAGCGCAAGCUGUUGACUAUCGGUGUUGAAUUAGCCGCGAAACCCAAGCUGCUGCUCUUUUUGGAUGAGCCCACCAGUGGUCUCGACUCUCAGAGCUCUUGGGCUAUUUGUUCAUUCCUUCGCAAGCUUGCCGAGCACGGUCAAGCAGUUCUUUGCACAAUCCAUCAACCCAGUGCCAUGCUUUUCCAACAAUUCGAUCAGCUACUAUUCCUUGCCCGAGGUGGUAAGACUGUGUACUUUGGUCCUGUUGGAGACAACUCUAGCACAAUGCUCGAGUACUUUGAAUCCAACGGUGCGCGCAAGUGUGCAGAUGACGAAAACCCAGCUGAAUACAUGCUGGGCAUCGUCAACGCUGGUAAGAAUGACAAGGGUCAGGACUGGUUCGACGUCUGGAAGCAAAGCAACGAAAGCAAGGAGGUGCAGACUGAGCUCGACCGAAUUCACAAAGAAAAGGAGAACGAACCCCCCGCCGCGGAAGAUGAUUCCUCGCGAAGUCACUCUGAAUUCGCCAUGCCGUUCUGGUUCCAGCUGGAACAGGUCACACACCGUGUGUUCCAACAAUACUGGCGCAUGCCAUCCUACGUUCUUGCAAAGUGGGGACUUGGAAUUGCCUCCGGCCUAUUCAUUGGUUUCUCUUUCUUCGGUGCCAAAACAUCGCUGCAAGGCAUGCAGACUGUCAUUUACUCUCUCUUCAUGAUUUGCACCAUCUUCUCGUCAUUGGCGCAACAGAUCAUGCCCGUGUUCGUCAGUCAACGGUCGCUCUACGAGGGACGUGAACGCCCCAGCAAAUCCUACUCCUGGAAGGCCUUCCUCGUCGCAAACGUCAUUGUGGAGCUCCCUUACAUGGUUAUCAUGGGUAUAUUGACCUACGCCUGCUACUUCUAUGCCGUCGUUGGAGUCCCCAGCUCGUUGACCCAGGGAACUGUCCUCCUGUUCUGCAUUGUCUUCUUCAUCUACGCUAGCACCUUCACGCACAUGGUCAUUGCCGGCCUCCCCGAUGAACAAACCGCCAGUGCGGUAGUCGUUCUUCUCUUCGCCAUGUCUCUCACUUUCUGUGGUGUCAUGCAGCCCCCGAGUGCCCUUCCUGGCUUCUGGAUUUUCAUGUACCGUGUCUCCCCGUUCACAUACUGGGUCGGCGGCAUGGCAGCCGCUCAGCUUCACGAUCGUAAGGUGAUCUGCUCGACCUCAGAACUAGCCAUCUUCAACCCACCCUCUGGUCAAACUUGUGGACAGUACCUCAUGAAGUAUGCCGAGGCCGCUGGCGGUCAGCUGCUCAAUCCCGAGGCUACGAGUGAUUGCAGUUACUGCUCUCUUCGUGUUGCCGAUCAGUACCUGUCCACGGCGGGUAUUGAAUACGGUGAUAGGUGGCGCAACUUCGGUAUCAUGUGGGCUUUCAUUAUCUUCAAUGUUUUCGUGGCCACCAUCAUGUACUACCUUGUCCGCGUGAAGCGCUGGAACAGUGCCGAUUUCAAGAAACUCAUUCCGGGAAAGAAAUCGAAGGGUGGCAAUUGA